AUGCACCUAGUCUUCGGUCAUGAUGCUCAACAGUGGUACGAUGGUUUGGUUGGCUCGCUCGACUUGCCCAUUCUCAUGUGGGUGCCUGAUCGAGUUGAGCGUGUGUUUGAUUCCUGUGGUGUCGCAAAAGGUUUUGAAGGCCUUACCGGUGAAGCAUGUGCCGCGGUCGCUGAUAAUCCGGUCAGGGAUGCCGCGUGCUCCACAAAAUUUGUCCAGUUGGUUCAGCACACUCGCGGUAUCCGUCGAACGGCAGGGAUACAAGUGCGUGAACUUGGUUAG